AUGAGUUUUGAGCCUCUUCUACUGUCUAUGGUUAGAGCUGCUGCUGAACCGGGUCUCACUCACUCACCGUCGGCGAGCUCAGAAUUAGACACCCGUCGCGAUGGCUGUCCGCGGUUGUGUGACCCUGCUCUUUAUUCUACUGAGCGGUAUCGUGUAUGCUGAUGUUCUUGUGACUUCAUCAAUACCUGCUGCUUCAACCCCCUCCAAACACACUUCAGCUGUGACUACCCCACUUCCAACCACACAUCACAACACAACUAAUUCCACCACAGAAGCGCCAACUACUCCACAUCACAACACCACAAAUUCCACCACAGAAGCGCCAACUACUCCACAUCACAACACCACAAAUUCCACCACAGAAGCACCAACUACUCCACAUCACAACACCACAAAUUCCACCACAGAAGCGCCAACUACCGCACACACUAAUGCUACAACAGCCCCAACUCCUCCUCCAACAUCAUCUCCUGUCCCCAACCCAACUGUUGGAAACUACAAUGUCAAGUCAGACAAUGACACAGUCUGUCUUUUGGCAAAGAUGGGUCUUCAGUUCAGUUUCAAAAUGAGUGAGAAUGCCAGCUUCCAGACUCUUAAUCUUGACCCGAGUCCUAAUGUAACAGAAGUGAAUGGAACCUGUGGAAGUGGUGGCAGUGACUCUUCCCUUGUGCUGAAGUCAGAUGAAAUCACAGUUCAUUUGGUCUUCACAAAUGUUUCACAGAAGUUCCGUCUACAUGCUUUGAUGCUCUCUGUUAAUCUUACAAAUGGAAAUGUUUUCAAUGCCUCCAAUAAUAAUUUGUCUCUAUGGGAGGCAUCUGUCGGAAGCUCCUACAUGUGCAAAAAAGAGCAGAGUUACAACAUCACUGACAAGCUUACCAUCAACACGUUCGAGCUACAGGUGCAGCCCUUCGCAGUCCAGAACAACAAGUUUAACACAGCUCAUGAAUGUUCAAUGGAUGACACCAGCCUCUUAAUCCCAAUCAUUGUUGGUGCCGCUCUGGCUGGUUUGAUUUUCAUUGUUGUGAUUGCAUACGUGAUUGGUCGACGAAGGACCUAUGUUGGAUAUCAAACACUGUAAUGCAACAAAAUCACAGAAUCAAAUCCUGGGUGUUUUAAGGGACACUCAAGCCUGUUCCUGGACCAUUGUAAAUAUAGUGGGGUUUUGUGCAGUCUCAAUUGGCAAUUGGCUCAUGGCCACGGGACUUUCAAAACUGCAACAUUGAAAAUCUAAAGAUAUAGUGGCUCUCCAGGACCAGAGCUUCCUAUUGUGAAGUUUGUAAAAGCACCACAAAAUUGUGUUGUGAAGUAAGUGCAUGGUCUCUUUGGGUUUUGGCUUAAAGCUCCAUUUACAGUUACAGUACCUUGGUAUUUGGUUGAAAAUAUGUAAGAAUAAUAGUAUCAUGGGUUGUGGCCAAUUUAAAAUGUAAUCGCUUAAUAUCAGACCAUGCACUUGCUUCUCUUAGACAUUCCUUUUAAUUGUUUUGUUUUUCAUUUUGCAAUUAAUUUAGCUCAUUUUAAUUUGUGCCCAUCAAAUCUAUCAUUACUGUGUCCACAGCUUUAAACUGAAACUGCUUUAUAUCACCUGUCUUGCAGCAUUUGGGUUAAAUGUUAAAAGAAGUUCCAUAAACAAGUUGGUACUCUGCACUAUAGUGACUGGAUAGCUAACAUUUAUUAACAUCAGGUGCUUUCGCAUCAGUUUGGUUGUCCUAUAUUCAGAGCAGAAUCUAAACAUGCUGGACGGCCCGUUCAAAAAAUUGAAAUUCUAGAACAGGAAAACAAAUGCUUGAAUGUGUAAACUACGUUACAAGUAUUUAAAAAAUGCAGACCAUUGUAAUAGAUUUCUUUUUUUUUUCUUUUUUUUUAAGUGACAUUUAGUGAAGCAUAAUGCAAAGAAAUGCUUACUGGCAUUUAAAUGCUUUUUAAAAAUGUGACCCUGGACCACAAAAGCAGUCUUAAGUCGCUGGGGUAUAAUAGCCAAAAAAACAUUUUAUGAGUCAAAAUGAUAGAUUUUUCUUUUAUGCCAAAAACCAUUCGAAUAUUACGUAAAGAUCAUGUUUCAUGAAGAUAUUUUUAAAAUGUAAAACCGUAAAUAUAUUAAAACUUAAUUUUUGAUAAGUAAUAUGCAUUGCUAAGAAUACAUUUGACCACUUUAAAUGUGAUUCUUGUCAGUAUUUGGAAAUUUUUUUUUUUUUUUUUUUUGUGCACUCAUAUUCCAGAUGUCCAAAUAGUUGUAUCUCAGACAAAUAUUAUCUGAUCAUUAUGAACCAUACAUCAUUGGAAAGCUUCAUUAUUCAGCUUUCAGGUGAUGUAUUCAUCUCAAUUUCGAAAAAAUUGACACUUAAGAUUGGUUUUGUGGUCCAUGGUCACAAAUGGUUUUGGUAAUGUUUGGUUACCCUUUAUUGGGGGUUGAAAAGGGACUAUUAAUUAUAAAGCAGCUAUUCUUCACAAUUUAGAAUUAUUUACAUCUAUUCUAGCCUGAAAGAUAAAUUGUAUGCUGCAAGAUGACGUUUUGCACCUGUUUGAAUAAUCUUUGGUAGUGGCUUUAGAUUUUUUUUUUAUUAUUAGACAUGACUUGUGUUUUCAGUUGCAGAGCCUUUUCAGAAAAGUUCUUUGCUUUCUCUUAUGUAUUUAUGUUCUUAUCAUACAUUAUGGCUCUCUGGGUUUCACAGAUUCUUUUUUUCUUCCCUUUUCAUUUUCCAGUGAAUUUUUCACGUUAUGCACUAUUCUAAUUUAGUCUAUGCAGCACCCACUCAGACUCUUUUGUAAAUGUUUGUUGUUUUUACUAUAGCCAGGACAAAUUAAACCUUUAAAACUGGUCACUGAUAAUUUUGUGCCUCGCUUAAUGCAGUUACUUUUGCUUGCCAUUCAAUCAGUUUCAUAAAUAACUUGUAAAAUAAAGAUGGAUCUAUUUUACUUUUUUUUUUCUUUUUUUUCUGAACAUACCUGUGUGACCGUUUUCUGCUUGCAGACUUGUGAAAAGGGAUUCCUUAUCUGACUGCUCUAAAUAUUUAAUGUGUUUCAUGAGAUUUGGUUGUUCUAUUUUGCAAUGGAAUAGCUUUGUUUCAAUGGGCUUUUAGAUGCAAUAAAAGGUGAAAGACGAUUGUAUAUAACACUAAAA